AUUUGUGUUGGUGAAUUGUUGUAAUAACUCGUUAGAGCAUUGGAAUUGUUUUUUGAGAAUAGGAAUAAAAUUGAUGAUGAGCUUUGUGCUGAACACUAUUUCUGUGAGAGACUGCGCAGAGAGCAAACGAGAGAGAGAGAAAAGAGAGAAAGCUUUCUGGGCUUGUUUUCACUGCAGGAAUUUUUUGUUGCUAGGGCCAAACUGCAUUUUUAUAUACACGGCGGGGGCAACAAUCAAAAAGAAAGUACAACAGACACAAGCAGCAGCAGCCGUUGCAAGUUGCAUGUUAAAUUGUACAACAAAGUAAAAGGGGACACAAGUCAAUUGGAUUGGACCCGGAUCAACCGACCAACAUGUUGUAAAAUGCUUUUGCUUAGCCGGCUUGGCUGCGGCUGUGUAUGUGUGCGUGUGCGUGUGCGUGUGUGUGUGUCUGUGUCCUGGGAGCGACAUGUUCGUCAGCAGCUGGUGCCACAAUGUGAAUCUGAGCAGUCGUAAUUUGAUAAUUGCCCUGCUGCUCUGCCUGACGCUUGUCUACUUCAGCUACAGCUUCAAUGCCUGCCUGCUCAACAGCAUCAGCCGCAGUCUGCAGCAGAGUAACUUACGCAACUUGCUCGCUUUGCCUCAACGCAACGACUCCAAAGCUGCUGCUGCUGCUGCUGCCAAUUUGCAGCUCAAUCUCAGCUCUUUGGCCAUUUACAACAGCAGCACGGGCUUGCCGCUCGCUCGCAUUGAUGGCGCACCCAAGUAUCAGCUGCUGCGCCAGCAGGGAUUGCGUCCCUCGCGUCAUCUGCCGGACACGCUCAUCAUUGGCGUAAAGAAGAGCGGCACGCGUGCUCUGCUCGAGUUCAUACGCCUGCAUCCGGAUGUGCGCGCCGCCGGCUCCGAGGUGCAUUUCUUUGAUCGGCAUUAUCAGCGCGGCCUGCGCUGGUAUCGCCAUCAUAUGCCCUACACCAUCGAGGGCCAGAUCACCAUGGAGAAGACGCCAAGCUAUUUUGUUACCAAGGAAGUGCCACAGCGUGUUUAUCAUAUGAAUCCCGCCAGCAAAUUGCUGAUUGUGGUGCGUGAUCCGGUGACGCGGGCCAUCUCGGACUAUACACAGGCGGCCAGCAAGAAGGCGGACAUGAAGCGCUUCGAGCAAUUGGCUUUUAUCAAUGGCAGCUACUCGGUGGUGGACACCAAUUGGGGACCCGUCAAAAUCGGCGUCUAUGCGCGCUAUUUGGAGCGUUGGCUGCUGUUCUUUCCGCUCUCGCAGCUUUUGUUUAUCAGCGGCGAGCGUUUGAUAAUGGAUCCAGCUUAUGAAAUAGGACGCGUGCAGGAUUUUCUGGGACUGAAGCGUGUGGUGACUGAAAAGCAUUUCUAUUUUAAUGCCACCAAAGGAUUCCCAUGUCUGUUCAAGUCUGAGGCACGUUCAACGCCGCAUUGCUUGGGCAAGACGAAGGGCAGGAAUCAUCCGCAUAUUGAUGCAAAUGCAAUUGAACGACUGCGUGAGUUCUAUCGACCAUUUAACAAUAAGUUUUAUCAGCUAACUGGCAUUAAUUUUGCCUGGCCCUAAAAAUUAAAGAGACAGAACUCAGCGCGAAAGAGAGAGAGAGAGAGAGAGAUAUGUUGUUGUGGCAUUUGCAACAGACUGAUAUUGUUGUUUGCAUUUUUUGUAUACCUAACUAUAUAUACACUAUAUACACACACACACACACAUAGCUUUAUAUAGCUAUUAGCAGCUGAUUAAUUACUGCUCAAUUGACUUUAGUGCUCAAUUAAUAAAAAUCACACUCGCUAAACGCAAAUAAGCAAAACAGUUCCUUCUCUAUAUAAACACGCACAUGCAUGCAUAUUAGUAACUGAUACUAACCAAAUUACUUGGAUUAACUACAUACACGCGCGUAGAGCAAUUAGAGCUUAAAUGAAUUCCUACAACUUGCAGUUAGAGCAGCCAAAAAUGUUGAACUGACAGUUAACUAACACACACACACACACACACACACACACACACACACACACACUUUAGCUGCAUAUUCAAUUUAUAUUCAAAUUGCAUGUUAUAAACUUGGCUGGCAUAGCUCA